AUGGUGCCCGAAAGAAACUACCUGCAAUGGUGCGAAGACUCCAUAGACUCCCCAAGGCAGCUUGAGAAAGGCAGCGGGGUCCGGCGAUUCGUGGCCGUGGCUAUGCUGUUGCAGCCGGCGGUGGGGCAGACGCAGGAGUGUCAAUGUAACUUCACAGACAGAAGUUGGCAAGCGAAAAUGGAUGGCAUGAUCCAUCACAUCGGCAACUUUGCGCGCUUUCCUGUGUUUGAUUUCGAGGACGAUCCGGAGACAGAGUUUAUCCGGAGCUACGCAUGUGCGAAGGACGCAUUGGCAACGCCAUGCAGGCCCGAGCAGGUGGCAGAGGCUGCUGUCUGCAGCUUGCAGAUUACAUACACGACACAUCGCAAACACAGAUCUGGAUUAUCGAAGCCCUGUUUGCUGCAAAUGAUUGGUCACUGGACCGCUGCUGUGCGCUCUGAGAUGGAAGAGCAGAGGCAGAUUUGUACAAAGCUGCCCGACUCCGAUGAGAAGCUCCAGUGGUGGUACGAGAAGUUUCCAGCAAAGAAUCAGGUGAGCGAGGGUGUGAAGAAAUCCGAAGCUGAAGGCAUGCAGAAGCGUCUCGAGGAAUGCCAGGCAACCGCCCACGCUAGAGAGGAAGCCUUGAGGAGAUCGGAGCAGCUUGUCAAGGAGAUUCAGGCAAGAGUCAAGGAUGCCAAGGCUAGCGGUACCAAAAACAUCGAAGAGUUUGCUGAAACUGCGCAGUCCGUACGUUUCUUCUUGCCUUUCCUGUUUCUGUUGGGCUGCUUCUGCGAAGUCAUCCGUUACUUCGGAAAGCAGAUUGUGUGGCCCUGGUGUUCUGCCAGAGGCCGCACCUUUACGACGGAAACAUGUUCGCACAGGGGCAUGGCUUUGCUGAAUGAAGACGCGGUCGAGGAGCUUCGUGUCAUUAAGGAUCAGUUGUUCCAGUUGACAGCGGCUGCUGCUGCAGAGGGCGCGAGCAAACUGAUGGAGGGCACAACGACGCGGCUGGCUGACAACGACAGUGAGGUGUGGAGCCAUGUGAGACAGGCUCCAGAGCUCCACCGGGCAGAGAAGACUUUGCUUUUGCACGCAGGCAGCGCGGUCCUGCAGAUUUGCCCUGACCAUCGCAUUGCAUUGCCCACCGGUGAUUCGGUGCAGGCUGGCAAUCUUCGAAUCGGUCAGGAGGUCAUGUUGCAAAGUGUAGAAACCCAGCUGACCCGUCUUGAGCUCAAUUCUGCACCCACCAACGUCUUGAAGCUGGCCUUCGAUCCUGACUUGCCCGUGGAAGUCUGGGUGCCUCCGCUAUCCCGUCGAGCUCGCGAGGAGCGACUUAAGUAUAGCGGAGUCCAGCAGUGGGGACAUAGCUCCCCUGCAGAAACCAAGUCCGGCAACUACAUUUGCGCCGGAUCAGCCUCAGCCUACCAUGACUGGGAGUUUCGCACCCGCGUGCGUGUGUUGCAACACCGCGAAGAGCAAAAGCGAGAGUUGCUUCAAGAGCUGUGGGCGAAUGCAAACGCGAGUGCGCGCAGUCAGAGCCUUCGCAAAUGGGCAUCAAAGCGCGCUGGCACUGCAGAGUAUCCAUGGUAUAUAGAGCAUGCAGGUGAUGGCGAUGGCCACCCCACCGAGGGUGAGUCCAGCGGGAUCCCCGCGAGUCCGUCUAGCGACGAAGACAUAGCUAUGCAGUUGAACGCCUAUACGGCGAUUUCAGAGGAGAUUGAAGAAGAAACCAUCGGCGAAGAGUACGCCGAGGCAGUCCAGUUGGCAUAUGCCGCCACGAACACCCUUAGCCAGACCAAGGGCAAGGGCAAAGGCAAGGACAAGAGCGGUGCGGAGUUGUCGGUCACUGGGCCGGCGACGCAGAGUGCCGAUUCAAAGGCUCGGAAGCCCCAGGCCUACAUGGCUGUUGAGGACUCGGAUGGCGACGACGAGGAGAAAUGCCCGUCCAAACUCUUGGCGGAGUUCUUGGACUGGGUGCAUGAAUACUUUGUAGUCACCGACUCCGACCCCAUAGAGGAAGAGCGCAAAAAGCGUUCUGAGAUCGCGUCCAGGCAACGAAAGGAGUUGCUCCGUGUCUUCAUGGCCUUUCGCCACCUCCUACAUAUUGCCGCAAAAGCCGCGGAAUGA